UAAUAUCUGAAAUAAAGCUCCAGCAUGUUAUAAAAGCAGUAGCUGUACACAAACACUCAUCACUGGUAACCUACAGUAAAAGGAUUGUUCAGUAUUAGUUCUAUACAGCAAGUCAAGACAAGAUGGAUUCCUGUUCUUAUUUUAAGCUGAUAGGAUGCUUCAUUCUUAUUAGCAUUGCUACUGCACAGGAAACACAAGCUACAUCUUGUCACCCUCGUGAUUGUAAGGAGGUAUAUGAACGUGGUAACACAUGCAGUGGAGUAUAUACUGUGAAACCUGAUGAACUACCAGCCUUUGAGGUCUAUUGUGACAUGACGAAUGGGAGUGGAUGGACUGUAUUUCAAAGGAGAAUGAAUGGUUUAGUUGACUUCUACCGCAACUGGGCUGACUAUGAAAAAGGAUUUGGAGACCUCAACGAAGAGUUCUGGCUGGGACUUAACAAAAUAAACCGACUUACUGCAGGACAAAGCACGAGUCUCCGUGUUGACUUUGAAACGUUUCCCUACCCUCGUGAGAAGAAGUAUGCUACUUAUUCUACUUUUAAAGUAGGGAAUGCAGACACAGAGUACACACUGACUGUGUCUGGAUAUGGAGGUGAUGCUGGAGAUGGUAUGAUCUGCACAAACGGAAUGAAGUUCUCUACUAAGGAUAGAGAUAAUGAUAUGAUCGCUACAAAAAAUUAUGCAGUCAUGAAUGAAGGAGCUUGGUGGUUUAGCAAGUGCUCUAAAUCAGACCUCAAUGGUAUAUAUUGGCCAAUGCAAUACGAUUAUCAGCCUUGGACUAGCCUUUAUUGGAAUCAUUCCUAUAUUGGGAGAAUAAAAAAUGUUGAGAUGAAACUCAGAAGGAGCGACUAAUGUCCACUGGAGAAUGAACAAUUCAUUAUCAUUCAUUAGUAGCAGUACACUGCAGUAGUUUAAUAUACAUGUACAUCUUCUAUACAUGCAGUGUAAAAUAUCUUAAAUUUCAAGUUAACAGAAAAGUUUUUGAUGAUAUCUUGAAA